AUGGACGAGAGAAUUGGAUGCCGAAGACUGUUCGAACGAACAUAUAGCGAGAGAAAGCUGCGUAGAGACUACAAAGGAUUGCAAGUUGAGAGGGAGCAAAAUAGGAGGUCAGCGUUUAAGGAGGGAGUCAUUACUUCAGAACGAGCCAGAAAGAGAGAAGAGUGGGAAAGGUCAUUGGAGCGGGAAUUGCCAGCGAAUUUAUGGGAUAGCUCACGCUCUACAUUGUCGGAAGCUGUCGCGAAGAGAAGGGCGAAUUUCAGGAGCGUAUCAACGGACCUCGAUACUAUCCCGGAGGAACAUAGGCCUGUCACGGCAUACAAUGUGGUGCAGGAAAAACCCGAGAGGCGAAAGAAGAGAAGCCGGGACGAGUCAAAGGAAAGGAAAGAAAAAAGUAUUAAGAGGGAUAAGGACCGGGAACACAAGUCACGUAGAGAUGAACAUUCGACAACAACAAAGGCAAGGAAGGAUCAACCGAGGCAUAAAGGGAAGUUUGCCAGUAAAAUCGAGGAAAGAAAGAAGCAACCCCGUAGCAAGAGGAGGUUCACGGCUAGGCCGAAGGAAGGAGGUGAUUCGCCCGGAGAAAGAGGGACAGCAGGACAAGGAGGCCUUUGUAUACUGUCUCGAGAGGAGAAUGCAGUCGGAGACAGGGUCGCGGCUGCAUCCCGGGCUCAUCAAGAAGCGAGGGAGGAUUAG